AUGGCACCAAGUUUCCGUGACAUUGUCGGAAUCCCACCGUCCACUGCAUCUACCAGCGACUCCGCGCUGUUAAUCAUCGACGCGCAAAAUGAAUAUGCCUCAGGAAAACUCAAAGUAACAAACGCCGCAGAAAGCGGAAAAGCCAUCGCAGACCUUCUCGCCAAAUACCGCAAAGCCGGUGGAAAAAUAAUCCACAUCCUGCACAAGGAAGACGAUGGCGCCCCCGUAUUCACACCUGGAACCCAUCUCGCCGAUGAAUUCCAGGAACUCACAGCACAAUCCACCGAACCAACAAUCUGGAAACAAUUCCCCGGCGCCUUCGAGCAAACCACUCUACACGAAACGCUGCAGAGCAUGGGUAUCAAGAAGCUUGUUUUGACGGGCUACAUGGCGCACGUGUGCGUGUCUACGACUGCGCGCGAGGGGUUUCAAAAAGGGUAUGAAGUCUUGCUUGCAGAAGAGGCGAUUGGGGAUCGUGAUAUUCCUGGGGUGAGUGGUGAGGAGGUGAAGAGGGUGGCGCUUGCGGAGUUAGCAGAUGUGUUUGCGACAGUUGUUAAGGUCGCGGAUGUG